UGCCGUAGUUGCAAAUUCUACUUCCGCGUCAAAUUGAGCUUCAUAUUCAAUUUGAGAGAACAAGCAGGCGCUUAUCCACAUUUCGCACAAAGCCUUGUGAACGCAGGGGCAUCCUCCUUGACGCCGAAGGGAAGCCGCCUGGAUUGUGUAAUUUCGCAGUGUUUUUUAAAUGGCGUCCAGGAGAGCUCUGAAAAUGAUUUUCGGGGUUGCCGGGGGGUCGGCUGCACUGGCGGUGACAGCGGCUGGGUUACGGGGGCACUUAGGCAAUGUCGGAGAAGACCAGCGUCGGAACAGCUGGAAUAUCUUUACGGCUCUUGGAGCCGCGCAGCCGCAUCCAUGGUCUCCGGAGAACCAACAUCUAACUGUUGCACCGAGCGGAAACGACUGGGACAUCAACUGGGAUAAGCGUGACCCAGUGGCCGUUCUCAACUCGAAGAUGAAGCGAGAGAAGGCUGUGAGCAACACCGAAGACCAGACCACGGAGCUGCAGAAUAACAAGCCCAGAGCUACUCGUCACAUUAUCCUGAUUCGGCAUUCCCAGUACAACCAAAAGGGGAGCGAUGACAAGGAGAGGUUCCUGACAUCCUUAGGUCGUGAGCAGGCUCAACUGACCGCUCAGCGACUGGCGGCCUUGGGUUUGAAGUACGACAUUUUGAUUCACUCCACCAUGACACGGGCGACAGAGACGGCGGACAUCAUUGGAAAGCACCUCCCAGAGGUGAAGAAGAUGAGCUGUGAUUUGCUGAGGGAAGGAUCUCCUGUCGAACCCGUGCCACGGAUUGGCCAAUGGAGGCCAGAGUCUGUGUAUCAUGAAGACGGUGCCCGAAUUGAAGCAGCGUUUCGGCGCUAUAUUCACCGUGCUGAUGUCACACAGAAGCAAGACAGCUAUGAGAUCAUUGUAUGCCACGCUAACGUCAUCCGCUACUUUGUGUGCAGGGCUUUGCAGUUCCCUCCUGAGGGCUGGCUGAGGAUGGGCUUGAACAAUGGCAGCAUCACCUGGCUCACCAUACGGCCCAGUGGCCGUGUGGGACUCAGGAUGCUGGGAGACUCGGGCUUUAUGCCCCCUGAAAAGCUCACACGCUCAUGACACCCUCCCCUCCUCAAGUGCUCUACAUCGCCUCCUGAUGGAACAGCAACUUGUCUCUAAGGAAGAUGCAUUGGCAGUUCCCUUCUAAUGUACCUGGAGUAAUUCUAAUUGACAGAGUGCUGAUGUGUGUAUAUAUGCUUUUAAACGUCACGUUUAUCAUUUCAUCUGUAUGGAAAGUACCUCGGAAAAGCACCCGAAAAACUGCUGUCCAUCUUGUCAGGAAGACGACUUUUACAGCAGCAUGGCUGUAGUCCUAAUCAGCUUCAGAUCUCAGACUGCAUAAUAUACUGGUGUGAAUGUUAAUCAAUAUUAUUUUUUAAUUAUUGAAAUAAAAUGUUUUUUAUGUUGA